CCUCUUUCUUUCUCUUCAUAUCUCUUUAACAUGGUCGAUCUGCGUAUUCAAGGCUACAAGGCUCUCUUGAGCCCAAGUUUCAUUGCUGAGGAGUUUCCUCUGUCUGAAAAAUCAAAGGAGACUGUGGCACAAGCAAGAGAGGAAAUAUCAAGAAUCCUUACAAAGGACGAUGACCGUGUAUUUGUUAUCGUUGGGCCGUGUUCAAUUCACGACACUCUUGCAGCAAAGGAAUAUGCCAAACUACUCUUGGAAGCUAAGGCCAAGCACCAAGACGAUCUAGUUAUUGUGAUGCGUGCUUACUUUGAGAAGCCACGGACAACAGUUGGUUGGAAGGGUUUGAUCAAUGAUCCUGAUAUUGAUGAAAGCUUUGAUAUCAACAAAGGUCUUCGCAUUGGGCGUGGUCUAUUGAGUGAGCUGACCUCAAUGGGAAUGCCAGUUUCAGUCGAGCUUCUCGACACAAUUUCACCUCAGUAUCUUGCUGAUCUUAUCUCAUGGGGUGCCAUUGGUGCCCGCACAACAGAAUCUCAGUUACAUCGUGAACUCGCCUCAGGCAGUUCUUUCCCCAUCGGCUUCAAAAAUGGUACCGAUGGAAACCUGACUAUUGCCCUGGAUGCCAUACGCGCUGCUGCUGUCCCCCAUCACUUUUUAGGUAUCACUCGUGCAGGUGUGGUAGCAAUUACCCACACUACCGGCAACACUGAUGGUCACAUCAUUCUGCGGGGUGGAAACCAUGGACCAAACUACAGUGCCGAAUAUGUUCAAGAUGCCAAGCUACAGCUUAAGAAGGCUAAACUAGAGACGUCAAUCAUGGUCGAUUGUUCUCAUGGAAACUCUAGCAAAGACCACCGCAACCAGCCAAAGGUAGCCCAAUGCCUUGCUGAGCAGAUUGCAGCAGGAGAGGAUGGUUUGGUAGGCGUGAUGUUGGAGUCACAUUUGAACGAAGGCAAGCAGAGUGUUCCUGCUGAUGGCCCAGCUGCUCUUAAAUAUGGUGUUUCUAUUACUGAUGGUUGUAUCGAUUGGGAAAGUACUGUCAAGGUGCUCGAUAAUCUUGCUCAGGCUGUUAGAGCAAGACGUGCCUACAAAAAGACUGCACCAAACUAAUAUGUAUCACAUUUUGUUUCCCUUUUGUACGAUAGCGCACUCUCCUUUUUCUUCUUCUUUAUACAAUAAAAAAAAUGAUCAAUCAACACUC